UUACCGCGGCUCGGACUCUUUUCUUGACAUCUAAUCCAGACGCUGAAUUGUGAUUUUCAUAGAACGAAGUGUCAAUCGGCACGGCAGGAGAAUCAUGACCUUGUCUGACACCAACGGAAGUUCGCAUAUUGAAAACGAGCAAAACGCAUGGGACGCUAUUUGCGUCAACCCGCACGAGCAGUUCGUCAUGCAAGGUCGUCAGGAGGGCCGUGACGCGGGGCUACUCGCGGGGUAUACUGACGGGAGACAGAUGGGUCGGGUGACCGCUAUGGAUUACGGUAUGGAGCUUGGGUUUUUCCGCGGGGUGAUCCGAGCCAUGCAGCAACAAAAUGGAAGCGACCGACACGAAAGAGCUUGGAAAACACAAAAUGAGCUAACCGAGCUGUUGGACCGAUUUCCAGGACCCACCGAUAUGUUUCAAUCGAAGAUUCAAAGUGCUCGGAUAACUCAGAGCAAAGGACACGCUUCUGGAAUUGAUCACAUUGAGGCGCUUGACGAAGGCUCUGGGGAGCAAAAUGAAAACCCGAUCGACGUGUUCUCUGCUAUACAAAGAAUAAGAGCAAGAUUUAAACUCUUCACUACUCAGCUGGGGAUGCCAAACUUCUCACUAAGACAAGCCAUGGAUGCGAUGGAGAAGCGAGGGGAUAGUUCCAAGGUGGAAAAGGAGAAAGAAAUUGGGUUGGAUUGGUGAGGAUUAUUGUGUAUAAAUGUGACGAAUGCGGAAUUCGCGAGUCGCGCAAACAUUAAUGGAAGCAGCAGGCUAGGUCAAGAGUAGCAGGUUUUAGGUGGAUCAGCUUCGUUGCUUCUAUCCAAUCAAGUUUGGUGUGACCUUGUUUGGCGACUCUCUUUCUGGUCGUCCGAAAGCCUUUUUGUGCAACACCGCGUUAAUUUGGUUGUCAAGAUCAAUACGAAUUGUUAGGCUAAAGGAGAAAUUUCUUACACAAAAAAUGCAAUGCGGCUUUGGUUUCCUUGAUCCGACAGGAGACUUGCUGUUAAUUUCUUAUUCUUCCCGAUUUGAAUAUCAUGC